AUUCAAUCUGCAAAAUUUCGAGAUUCAUGGCUACAACACGACUUAACUCCUCUUGCCACUUUCCAUCGAGCACAAGACUUUAUUGUGAGAGCUAUCUAAGUCUGAGAACGACCGCGAGGAUUAGUUAUGCCGGAACCCUAACCGCUCCACGUGGCUAUCUUGCUGUAAAAGCAAACGGUGGUCAAGCUUCCGUGGUGACUGCAAUGGCUAUAACGGAGAAGAAACAAAAGAAGUAUCCUGGAGAAUCAAAGGGUUUUGUGGAAGAGAUGAGGUUUGUGGCGAUGAGAUUGCACACAAAAGAUCAGGCAAGGGAAGGAGAAAAAGAAUCUAAUAAAUCUCCGGAGGAAGGUCCGGUGGCUAAAUGGGAGCCGACGGUGGAAGGAUACUUACAGUUUCUAGUGGAUAGUAAGUUGGUUUACGACACGCUUGAGGGGAUCAUCGACGAAUCCGAUUUCCCAACUUAUGCCGGUUUCAAGAAUACGGGAUUGGAAAGAGCAGAGAGUUUGCGGAAGGAUAUGGAAUGGUUCAAGGAACAAGGUUAUGAGAUUCCAGAGCCAAUGGCUCCUGGUAAAACAUAUUCUGAGUAUUUAAAAUAUUUAGCAGAGUAUGAUCCUCAAGCAUUCAUUUGUCACUUCUACAACAUUUACUUUGCUCAUAGCGCCGGUGGCCAAAUGAUUGGAACAAAGGUAUCUGAGAAGAUACUCGAUGAUAAAGAACUCGAGUUCUAUAAAUGGGACGGUCAACUUUCUCAUUUGUUGCAGAAUGUGAGGCAAAAACUGAACAAAGUUGCAGAGUGUUGGACAAGAGAAGAGAAGAAUCAUUGUUUGGAAGAGACAGAGAAAUCGUUCAAGUUUUCCGGGGAGAUUCUUCGUCUUAUAUUGUCCUGAUUUGAUUCACAAACUCUUUAGAUCUUCAAGUCAAUAUUCAAUAAAGCAUUUUGCUAGUU